UUGAUUACCUUCACGGAUUUUCACGUUUUUCAUUCGCCCGUAUUAGCUUACCACCGAAGAGUAAAGUAAAGAAGAGCUUGCAGCACCAAAGUUUCAAUCUGGUAUCAAGAGCAACACACACAACUUCGAAUCGAGGCAUGACGGUUCGUUUCUUUGUAAAAAUCUCUCCCGUGCUCAUUGUUGCUUGUUCACUCUACCUCUCAAAGAUAUGGUAUCAUUCUUGCACAGUUGCACAGUGACCUCAAAAUUGAAUAUGAAUUCAAGACUAGGAACACCAGCGGGUCGUCCGCUUUCGCUACAGAUGGGUUCGAAUGUCAAAUUGAAAGAGGAGCACUGGAUGGCAAUUCAGGGCGUAGAUAUCUCUACUGGGGAAUGGGACGCAGAAGUAUCAGAAUUGAUGUUGCUCGUCAGACAUGACAUAUGAACGCCAUCCAUGUUGCUCGCCAUGUUGGUCGCAUCCUGUGUCGAUUCUUUCAUAUGGAUCGUGAUGACAAACACGAAUUGGAAGGACAGACGGGAAACGUUGUAGGCACAGUUCCGUCAAUGUCAUGCGAUAUCGGAGGAAGCCGGUGUUUCCAAAAUGUCCAAUAAGGUGGAUGAUGGCUGUUGGAAGGUCGUUAACAUAUUCACCCAUAGCAAAGGUGUAUAUCACCCUGCCUGAACAUUGGAUGAGUAGAUGGGAUGUUUCGUCAUUUCGCGUUCUUCUCUACUAUUUCAACGUGGACUUCCCAGCCAUCAUAUUCGAAUGUUGAUAGAGUAGCUAUCUUCUCAAUCAAAACAGUUCGAUAAUAUUGGAGCUCCGUGCACGUGCACAUCACUAGUAUACUGGACGAAAUACGUUUUGAUCUCACUAGCCAGUAUCAGUCGUUUGGUGUGACAUAGUUUGUGAGGCUUCAUAUCAUUUCGGGCAAAAUAUUCAACUGAGCCAUGGAAAAAUCAAGCGUGCCCAGAAAACGAAGGUCCACAUUGUACACAGUGGACAGCGUUGUGACGAAGGGAAAAUAUGACGAAAGCUUAAAAGCCAAGUGGAACAGAUUGUCUCAAAAGUUAAUAGCUCGUUUCGGGGCUGAAGAGAUCGCAUCGCUAUGUCAAGAGUUUGACCCAGUCUGUAUUAGAGACGAUCUAAGUUCUGUCAUGAACUCAGACGGACCUAACCCAACAACGAUAACGGCGGUUGAGGAUACAUCCCUUCGAGCCGAGCUUGAGGAGCUACGCGCUCGGAACAGAGAGCUGGAGAGAAGGGAAGAAGAGAUUGUAGGAAAGACGUCUGGCGAAGUUCAAAAUGCCGGACCGACGGAAUCGGAUACAGGUAUUCUUGAACGGAAGUCCAAUUCAGAAAAGCAAGCACUCGAGAAGAGAAACGCUGAAUUGGAAGAGAGAAAUGAGAAGCAAGACUUCCUGCUCGACUUUUACGUGACAAGGAUUGAAGAACUGAAGACGAAGGUUGGAGAAUUGGAAGAUCGCCUCGCUGCACCUCUUUCCUCCAAGCUUCAAAGGACCCAGUACUUUGACAAGGAGAAAGAAGAGGAGAAUUCGCUUGAAUUAUUGCGCAUGCAAAGGAACCAGUUGAAGGAGGAGCUUACACGAGUGCGCUCCCAGUUAGAUGUUUAUGAACUUCAAGUAGAUUUGGAGAUUGGGAAGAAAGACCAGGCAAUCUUAGAACUUGAGACCUUGCGGAUCCAGAAGGCAUUUGCGGACGCCGAACUUGCCGAAUUGCAGAAGUGGAGGGAGACAUUCGAAGCCGAGAAACUUGAACUCGCGGGGUUACGCAGUCAGAAGACGAUAUAUGAAGUUGCGAUGAAAGAGCUAGCCGUUAUACGCAGUCAGAAGGAAGUAUACGAAGUUGAAAGCAUUGAGCUUGAGGAACUUCGCAGUCGGAAGAGAAUGUUCGAAGAGGCGGAGGCGGAGCUUGCGGAAUUGCGAAUUCAGAAGCAAAUGUUCGAAGCUGCAGAGAAGGAGCGUUUGGAGCUGCGGAAGCGGAAGGGAAUGUUUGAAGAUAUGAAACCCUUAGAGAAGAAACAGUUUGAACUCGAUGACCUUCAGUCACUGAGGAGGCAAAAGGCAAUCCUUGAUACGACAACUGAAGAGCUUGCGAAAUUGCGAGAACAGGAGGCUGCGUAUGAUGCUGUCUCAGAAGAGCUCUCUGCGUUACGGAAGGAGAGAGAAAUCUCAGCAAAGGAGAUUGCUGAUUUGCGUAAGCAUCAGAGGAUGUCGAAGGCUGAAAGGAAUGAGCUAGAAACAUUACGGAGACAAAGGGCAGCUUACGAAGCUGCAGAGAAGGAACUUGCCGGCUUUCGUGGUUGCGAGAUGGCAAUGCAAGCCAGGGAACAGAACUUAGUGGCGAAGCAAGCUAAGUUGGUUAGUAAUAUUCGCUACUUGGAGAUGAGGAAGUCAGAAGAUGAUGAUCAGCAUCGCUCAGAACUAGAGGCCGCCAGAGCGAUGAUACAUCAAACUUCUCUCGAUCUAAAGGCGGCUGAAGAGAAGUUGUUAUCCGUUUGUAAAGAGAAGGAGAGUUUGCAGGAAGACAAGAUUCGUUGGCUUUCAGUGAAAAGAGAGCUGCAAGAAGAGAAUGAUCUUCUGUUCACAGAGAAGCACAAUCUGCAAAAGAGCUUGAAUGCAGAGAUUGCAACUUUACAGUCGCAAAUCGAAGAUGCGAAAUCGAAGCAUGAGGAGAUGGCCCGCGAAGGACAGGUUGAAUAUUACAAGAAGGAAUUGAGACUGCAGCAAGAGAAAUCUGAAGCUGAUGCGGAAAUCGCUGCGACGCUUCUGAAGGAAACUGAGUCACUCCGGGAGGCUAAUCGAGCUUGCAUGGAUCGAGAGAGGAAACUGAGGAAGGAGAUGAACAUGGUCACCAAACGGCUCGAUAACGCUACGAUGGGCGACCUGUGCCGCAUUUGUGUCAUAAACUCCAGAGAUACCGUGAUUUUACCGUGCACGCACAUGCAGAGCUGUGUACGGUGCGUGAAGGAGUUGAUACAGAACGAUAAAGCUUGCCCAACCUGUGACACAGCAAUCUCAGGCUACGUACCGUGUAACACUGAUGUUUAGAGGCAUGCGUUGGCGGACUGCAGACCACAAUUUGCAAUUGUGUACGUGAACCUCGCUGGUCUUUAGUGCCGAUGACAAUUUGAUUUUGUCAAUGAUCCGCGGGAAAAUUUUUGUAAAUUAUCAAUAAAUACACUUCA